GCAUCACUCUCACUCCACCACUCCUGUCUGCACUCACCGUCUUUGUAUCACGAGAAUGUACAGAAUAGAUGUUCCUGCAAUCUUCAUCGUUCAAUUUUAUCUAAUAGUUCUGAUUUCUCCGCAUUAGCGGACCUCCCCUCGUUUAGAAUCAUCUCCCGCACUGUCUCAGGAUGGGACGCGUAUCCGCAUCGAGGAAAGAGAGGGUGUUCUCGAGGGAUGAGAUUGAAGCUUUGAUAGCGGAGGGGAGACAUAUUGUCAUCGUGAAUGGGAAGGUCCUCAAAUGUGAUGCAUGGCUCCAAUAUCAUCCUGGAGGAGAAAUAUCUAUCAGACAUUUCCUGGGAAGAGAUGCCACAGAUGAAGUCAAGGGAUUUCACUCCCCCGAAACUCUGGAGUAUAUGACGAAAUAUCAAAUUGGAACGAUCGAAGGACGAUGGACUGGUUUCGUACCACCUAUCCAAGGAGGCAAGUUUCGAACUCGAGAACAGAUCCAAUACGAGACAGCCGAACUAGAUGUCCUCGACAAAGUCAAUGAUUCAAGCGACCAGUCCUCAGAACCUAGUCCAGUCUCCUCUCCCGAACUACAUUCAACAUUGAGGAAUCGAGGAGGGAUCGACCCGGUGUCCUCGGCAACAUCGAUAUCAUCGGUGGAUCUCGAAGACAUGGAUUCCGAUAGGAUGGGAACCAUUGAUGCACGUACUGGCAAGGUUUUUGAGAUCGACGCUCUUCAAUAUCCACCGAUCGAUCCCGAAGUCCAGGAAGAUAUUAUCCGGAAAUACCGACAACUGUUUGAACGUCUCAAGAGUGAGGGGUUGUUUGAGUGCAACUACUGGGCCUACGGUGUGGAAACUAUCCGAUAUUCUUUCCUAUUUUCCAUGGCGAUGCUAUCCAUCCAUUGGGGUUGGUACAGUUUAGCUGGGGUUUUCAUUGGAUGUUUUUGGCAACAACUGGUCUUUACUGCGCACGACUCCGCUCAUAUCGGCAUCACCCAUAACUUCCAGGUCGAUUCCUUGAUCGCCAUCUUCAUCGCGGAUUUUCUAGGGGGAUUGUCGAUCGGUUGGUGGAAAAGGAAUCACAACGUCCAUCAUGUCGUGACCAAUUCUCCGGAACACGACCCCGAUAUCCAGCAUGUACCCUUCUUCGCCGUGUCCCCAAGGUUUUUCGGCUCUUUACGCUCGUCGUAUUACGGUCAUGUCAUGAAAUACGAUGCCGUCGCAAGGGUAUUCGUUCGAUAUCAGGAUUAUCUUUACUACGUGGUUCUAUGUUUCGGUCGAUUCAAUCUCUACCGAUUGAGUUGGCAAUACCUUUUAGGAAGUCAACCCCCCCGAAAAGGUCCGGCACGUUGGCAUCGAUGGCUGGAGAUCGCAGGUCACGUCUUCUUUUGGAUAUGGUAUGGAUACGGGAUUAUAUACAAGUCCAUACCGACGAACUCCGGCCGGUUUGCUUUCUUUAUGGUGAGCCAUAUCGUCACAUCUCCGUUACAUCUCCAGAUCACUCUUAGUCACUUCGCCAUGAGCACGGAGGAACUCGGUGUCGGCGAAUCCUUUCCACAAAAGAUGUUACGCACAACGAUGGAUGUGGAUUGUCCACAGUGGUUGGAUUUCUUCCAUGGUGGUCUUCAGUUCCAGGCGAUACAUCAUUUGUACCCUCGCAUGCCACGCCAUAACCUACGCCAGGCGCAGAAACUGGUUCAACAAUUUUGUGAAGAGGUCAACGUACCUUAUGCGCUUUUUGGUUUUGUGGAUGGUAAUAAGGCGGUCCUUGGGCGACUGGGUGAAGUUGGCAGACAGGCGGCCAUCCUUGCCAAAUGUCAGAAAACGCUUGCACGAAGUGAUGAUUUUGGGAUGCAUUAGAUAUUAGUGAAGUCAUGUACUGUUCAUAUCGAAUAUAUGGAGGAUGUUUCAAAACUCCAUAGGGUCUGCAUCAUCU